CGAUCUCCCUUGUUGACUAAUAGCAUGUCUUCUAAGGAGGGUGACUUCAUGUAUGUGACGUCAAAUCAGCUAUUUGAAAGAGCUGCGAAGGGGAAGCCAAGAAACGUGGAGAGCGGUCGGGAAGUGUAUAUUAGGACAGUGCCCAGAAAAUUUGUGUAGCACCUGUUGCAUAAAAUCAAAAUCAAGAGUCAAGACAUUAAUGUCGUGCUGGAGUGUGAUAAGUGGUCGCAACCUUGUGUGUGUCAUCUUCACAGCAGGUCAUGCUCAGAGGCUCAGCAAGGAAAUUGAGGAUGACAAGACUGGUAAAUAUACACACCUGAAGGGCAUUCCCAAAGCCCUUCUGCCCUCCCCUCAAGGCAAGAGAACUCUGGAUCACUGGUGGGAUGCCAUCAACAGACGCCAGUUAUUCAGUGAUGUCUUUUUGGUGACCAAUGCAGACAAGUAUAAAUAUUUUGAACGCUGGGCUACAGCUUCAGACUUCCCUGUUGGCAACAUCAUUAACGAUGGCUCCACCACCCCAGCUAACAGCAUCGGGGCCUUGGCAGACCUGGAGCUUGCUUUGCGCACCAAAAACCUUUGGGGUUAUGAUAUUCUCGUCAUUGCAGGAGACAUGGUAUUCCAGGACAGCAAGUUUGAUAUUGCCCAGGUGGUUGAUUAUUUCUCACACAAGCCUGAUGGUGACCUUGCAAUCUAUUACGAAAUGGAGGAAAAUGAGAGCACAACGUCAAGAGGCCUAGUGGAAGUCUGCCCUGAUAGUAACAGGAUUUUGAAGUUCCUCGAGAAGCCAUCCCCAGAGGAAACAGCUUCACGUAAUGCCAGUGUUGUUUUCUACACAUUUCGCUCUUCAACAAUCCAAAUGAUCUUGAAGUACCUGCAUGAAUUCCCAAGCACUGAACAACGCACUUUUGGAGCCUUCAUGGGUUGGCUUAUAAACAUACAGAAUGUGAAGGUUUAUGGUAUGAAGCUGCCUACAGGGUUCCAACUCAUUGGCCAAGUGGGUUUGAAGGAUUAUGAGUCUUGGCUGUCUUACCUCACCACUCAGGCUGAGAAAGAAUCUAAAGACCCUAUCACCAAGAGAGCAUAUGCAAGAAUUGGUUUGAUGGGAAAUCCUUCUGAUGGCUUCAAUGGGAAAACCAUAUCUCUCUCCAUUGCUAACUUCUGGGCUGAGGUCACUAUUGUAGAGAGCUCCACAUUGAAGCUUAUCCCACAUCCUCUCAAUGACCCCACUGAAUUUGGCUCCAUGGCUGAUCUGCACGGCAUCAGUACAAAGGAAGGAUACCUGGGCGGCCUGCGUCUCCUUCAAGCUACAUGCAAAAAGUUCUACAGUUUCUGUGCAAAGAGAGGAAUUGCAUUAACUCGUCGCAAUUUCACUCUGUCCUACGACACCAACAUCCCACGCCAAGUUGGGUUGGCUGGCAGCUCAGCAAUUGUGACAGCCACGUUGAAAUGCCUGUUGGCUUUUUUCAAUCUGAGUGACCAUGACAUUCCACGGCCCCUACAGCCACAAUUUAUCUUGGAUGUAGAGAAGGAUGAGCUGCUCAUUAAUGCUGGACUUCAAGACAGGGUGGUGCAGGUCUAUGAAGGACUAGUUUACAUGGAUUUCUCUAAGACAGUAAUGGAGCAACAAGGAUAUGGAAAUUACAGUCAUUUAGGUGCCACGUUGCCACCAAUGUUCCUGGCCUACCGUCUCAAUCCCAGUGACUCAGGCCGCAUCCACUCCAAUGUGUCCAUGCGUUGGCAAGCAGGGGAUCAGGAAGUGAUGGCUGGAAUGCAAAAGUUUGCCACUUUGACGGAUAAGGCAACUGAGGCCAUCCAGAGCCAGGACUGGUCUGCAUUAGCUCAGCUCAUGAAUGAAAAUUUUGAUCUGAGAAGACAACUUUAUAGUGAUGCAGUCCUUGGAGAAGAGAACUUACAUAUGGUGACACUUGGGAGAAGUAUGGGAGCAGCAGUCAAGUUUCCUGGCAGUGGGGGAGCUGUGUUAGGCAUGCUUAAUGAUCAGACUAAGAUGGAAGAAGUACGGCAUCGAUAUCAGGAAGACGGAUGUGUGGUUGUGGAGGUGCUCCCUAAAUGGCCAGACGAUCUAUAGUAGAAGAUACCUGUUCCUCAGUUUAGCAGUAUGAUAUGGUACAGCUACACUUCCAUCUUCAGUUUACUAAGCAUGUCAUGCAUCAUAAAGCAAACAAACUCCAGAUGAUAAGUAAUACUACAGGCUGUUAUACAGUGGAUAUGCAAGUAAGGCCCUUAAAUAGUAAUAGAGUAGAUAGAGGAAUAUAGCAAUUUUUUUGGCAUAGACAUUUUGAUAGAGCAAGAAAUUAUGUAGUCACAGAAAUCCUGUAGCAGCCUAAGAAAAAUGCUAUAUACAGUCACAACCAUACUAUAAUUUAUCAGUUACUGAUUCAACUUGUUAUGUAUUAUAUGUAAAAUGGUAGAUUUGUAUAUUGUGCAAUAUCUAAGGGAAAAAUAAAAUUUAUCUAUGUAUCAAUGUAGUGCAUAAAUUACAUGCAGUGAAUACCC